AUGGCAGACAAUCUUUGUGGUCCAUCUAAUGCUUUGCAAAAUUUCCAAAAGCAUUCGAAUGUUGAUCGCACUCUACAACAAGAUCGAUUAGUUGGAAGAGCGCCGUCGUCGCAAGGCUUCCGAGCUUCGCCAGGUCCAAAUGCAGGUCAGCUAGAUGCUGAAUUCGUAGCUUUCCAAGCCGGUCACCAAUCACUUAGUCUCUCUCCAUCGGCGCAAAACUUCUCUCCUCAUCAUUUCCAAACUCCACCUCCUCAAUCGUUUCAAAACGUCGUACCACAACAUUCUGCAGGUCAAGGAUGGGCUAACGACUUCCAAAAUAUGAGCAUAUCUGGUCCUCAAGCGCAAUUUCAACAACAAGGGGUACAUCAAACGAUUCAACCACAAAUGGGAGCAGGAUGGCAUCAGGAAUUUGCGCAAAGCCAUGGAGCCCCGGGAAUGAUUGCGCAAGGAAAUCAACCUAUGAUGGCAAUGAGUCGUCCUUCUAUGAUGAAUGCUGGAUACAAUCCAAUGCCUAGAGUUCUUAUGCAACAAAAUCAGCUUGCAUCCACAAGCCAGUCAUUGGUAGAAAACAAUGAAGUCUUUGAUGAAGCGGCAUUCGCCAGAGCUUUUGAACAAGCAGCUAAUGCGGAAAGUGAAAGGGCGCAACAACAGGAACUAGAGUCACAAGCUGCUGGUAUCCAACAUGAAGAGACUCACGCUUUGGAUCAACUACACGUUACAAAGGAGGCCGAAUUAGAACUCGACAGGGCGGAAAAGCAACUACUCGGCCAAAGCUUACUCGGCGCAGAUACCAUUCAAGAUCCCGCAACCGCUACAUCAGAACAAAAUACACAUGCACCAGACGCGCUAUCACGUACAGCUGGUGAACUUUUAUCUAGUACGAGGGAAUUGUUACAACAGACCAGAACCACAAAGAUGGAUAUACUAGCUAUGGCUGCACAAGCAACCGUGGAAGACAGAGAGCAAACGAGAACCGAGCGCAAGAAGAAUCAAAGUAGCGAGGAAAAACAAAAGCAACCUACGGCCAAGAAUCGAUUAGCUCAGAUUGCGAAAACACUCCCGAAACAGGAUACGGAGACCGCGGGUACCGAAUCGGAAGUGAAGCGAUUAGAUGGCGAGGAUGUAUUGCGCAUGUGUCUUCCGUAUUGUACGGGGGAUAGAGAGCAGCGUGCGAAUCUUUUGAAGAUGUUGAGGGGGGAGUGGGAUAUUAGAGAGGGGGGGUCUGUGGCAGCGAGGGAGGAGGGGGGGAGAUUUGAGAGCGUGCGUAUGUGGCUGUGGGAGGAGUAG